AUGGGUAAGGGGGGGGGGGGAGUGGGGGGGGGGGGGGGGGGGGGGGGGGGGGGGGGGGGGGGGGGGGGGGGGGGGGGGGGGUGGGGGGGGGGGGGGGGGGGGGGGGGGGGGGGGGGGGGGGGGGGGGGGGGGGGGGGGGGGGGGGUGGGGGGGGGGGGGGGGGGGGGGGGGGGGGGGGGUGGGGGGGGGGGGGGGGGGGGGGGGGGGGGGGGGGGGGGGGGGGGGGGGGUGGGGGGGGGGGGGGGGGGGGGGGGUGGGGGGGGGGGGGGGGGGGGGGGGGGGGGGGGGGGGGGGGGGGGGGGGGGGGGGGGGGGGGGGGGGAGGGGGGGGGGGGGGGGGGGGGGGGGGGGGGGGGGUGGGGGGGGGGGGGGGGGGGGGGGGGGGGGGGGGGGGGUGGGGGGGGGGGGGGGGGGGGGGGGGGGGGGGGGGGGGGGGGGGGGGGGGGGGGGGGGGUGGGGGGGGGGGGGGGGGGGGGGGGGGGGGGGGGGGGGGUGGGGGGGGGGGGGGGGGGGGGGGGGGGUGGGGGGGGGGGGGGGUGGGGGGGGGGGGGGGGGGGGGGGGGGGGGGGGGGGGGGGGGGGGGGGGGGGGGGGGGGGGGGGGGGGGGGGGGGGGGGGGGGGGGGGGGUGGGGGGGGGGGGGGGGGGGGGGGGGGGUGGUUAUGUGGUUGGGGGUGUGGGUGUGGGUGUGGUUGUUAUUGGUGGUGUGGUGGAUGGGUGGUUGUUGUGUUUUGGGGUGGUGGGGGGUUGGUGUGUGUUGGGGGUGGUGUUUGGGUUGGGGGGGGGUGUGGUGGUUGUGGGUUGGGUGGUUGUGUUUGUUGGGUUGUUGGUGUGGUGGGGGGUGGUUGUUGGGGGUGGUGGUUGUGGUUUUGGGUGUGUAUGGGGGAUGGGGGGGUGGGUGGGGGGGGGGGUUAUUGUGGGUGA